AUGGUAAGUAGUGGGAAAAUUGUUCUCGCUUUAAGUGGGGGAGUGGACUCAGCCGUGGCAGCUUAUCUCUUAAAAAAAAGAGGCUAUGAAGUGAUUGCUGUUUUUAUGCAAAAUUGGGAUAACUACUUAGGUGGCCAAACAGUAGAAAUUUGUUCCCAAGUUCAAGACUGGGAAUUAAAAGAAGGUCUUACUCCUAAUCCCGAUAUUCUAUGUAAUAGUGCAAUUAAAUUUCAUUAUUUUGUUGACUAUGUAAAACAAAAAUUCGCUGCUGGUUUCAUUGCUACGGGUCAUUAUGCUAAAAUUACUCACAAAGAAGAAAAUUAUUACCUAAAUAAACCUAAAGAUAAUAAUAAAGAUCAAACUUAUUUUCUUUGUCUAAUUGACCGUGGUUUAUUAAGUAAACUAAUUUUUCCUUUGGCUGAUUUAACCAAAAAAGAAGUUCGUCAAAUCGCCGAAGAAAUCGGGCUAAAUAAUGCCAAAAAAAAAGAUUCGACUGGAAUCUGCUUUAUUGGCGAACACAAGUUUGAAAAGUUUCUUAAUAAUUAUUUUCCUAAAAAAGAAGGAGUAAUAAUGGAUAUUAAUAAACAAGAAAUAGUUGGAAAACACCCAGGAAUCCCUUAUUUUACAAUUGGUCAGCGGCGAAAUUUAAGAUUAAAAGGACAAAAAAAUCCCUGUUAUGUGGUAGCAAAAAAUGUUAAAGAAAAUAUUAUCUAUGUAGUUAGUGAAAAAGAAGUAUUUAAUUACUUUAAUAGCACUGAAUUAACAGCUAAGUUCCGUUAUCGUCAACCAGAAAUCCCAGUUAAAGUUUUUCCCACCAAAGAUUCUAAGGGGUGA